AUGGCUACCAAGUCUCAUUCAAAGAAUGUCAAGCCUUUCGGCAUUUUCCAGAUCCGUGCCUACGUCUCGAUUGUCCUCGACAUGGACAAGCUCAACUACGACACUUGGAGAGAGCUCUUUGAGACUCACUGUCUCACUUUUGGCAUCCUCGGUCACCUUGAUGGAACCUCAGCCCCGACGUCAUCUGAUCGUGUUUCGUGGACAGAACACGAUGGUCUUGUCAAGAUGUGGAUAUACGGCACCAUCUUCGAAUCUAUUCUUGACACAGUCCUCAAAACCAAGUGUAUUGCACGUGAUCUUUGGCUGGCCAUUGAAAACCUCUUUCGUGACAACAAAGAGGCUCGGGCAUUGCAACUUGACAACGAGUUGAGAAAUCUCUCAGUUGGUGAUCUCACCAUUCAUGAGUACUGCAAGAAGCUUAAGUCACUCUCUGAUCUCCUUGCUAAUGUGGACUCGCCGGUGUCUAAGAAAAAUCUUGUUAUGCAUAUGCUUAAUGGGCUUACUAACAAGUUUGAUUCCAUCAUCAACGUCAUCAAGCACAAGACCCCCUUUCCCUCCUUCUCCAUUGCUCGUUCCAUGCUGAUUAUGGAGGAAGAACGCCUCAAGAAGACGAUCCGCCCAACUCCCGCCUCUGUUCCUGACGUGCUUGUCACGUCUUCUGAUCCGCCUCAACGGAACACCAAUAGCCGUGGCGGUCGAGGCAGAGGACGCGGUGAACGCUACAACAACAACAACCACAACCGUGGUGGCCGCUACAACAACAAUAACACAAACUCCUGGAACAAUACACCGCCUCCACCAUCGUCCUGGCCGUACGGCAACACUUAUUCAUUUCCCUAUGGCUACCCACCGCACCUUCCUCCUCAUCCAAGUUACUACCAUGGACUGUCCUAUGUGGCACAUCCGCAACAACAACAAACUCACCAUCAUCGUUCUGACAGUCUCCUCGGACCACCUUCCCGCAACCAUUGUGAAAUGCAUCUUGCUCAGUCGGUGUCUCCUACCCUCUCCGGUGAACAGAUCCCGACUGCACUCGCUCACGCUUUCAACACCAUGAGUUUGCAGGACCCAUAUGAUCCUGCAUGGGUCAUGGACUCUGGUGCAACCACCCACGUUACACAACAACAAGGUACUCUCCGUCCUAUCUUUAAUUUGGGUUCUCUUCUUCUGAUCAAGGUUGCUAAUGGUUCUCUUGCACCAGUCACUACGAUGGGUAAUGGGAGUAUUCCCUCUUCUUCUCGUCCUCUCUCUUUAAACAAUGUUCUUGUUUGUACUUCUAUGAUCAAAAACUUAAUUUCUGUUCGCCGAUUCGUUACGGAUAACAAUUGCACCGUUGAAUUUGACCCUUUUGGCUUCUCUGUUAAGGAUCUUCCAACUCAAACUCCGCUGCUCCAGUGUAACAGUCCUGGUCCUCUGUAUUCAGUGACAUUACCUGACUGUCAUGCUUUGCCUCUUGCUCUCUCGACUGGCGCUGUUUGGCACAACCGUUUGGGUCACUUGAAUAACAAUUCUCUCUGUCGUUUAGCAUCAUCGUCUCCUUCCAUCUCUAAUAAUACCGGCAAUCUCUCUACUUUGUGUCAUGCUUGUCAACUUGGCAAACAUACACGAUUGCCAUUUGUUUCUUCUAUCUCUAUUGUUUCUUCUCCGUUUGACAUUGUUCACUCUGAUUUAUGGACAUCUCCCAUUUUUGAGUCCUAG